AUGGGCAGCGGCCCGGCCUCCCCUCAGCAUCCAGCCUGGCUGUGGGCAGCCGUUUUCCCCACACUCUGCAGCCUGGGGAGGAGUGACAGCAGCACUGCCCUCCCUCAGCGCAGUGACCUGAGCAGCCAGGAGGAGGUGGCUCUAGGGGCCCCAGAGGGGAGCAACAGCAGCACCGCCCCUCAUCCUGAGCGCCGGUUCCGGCUAUGGGCGGCCGCCUUGCCUGCACUCUGGGGCGAGGAGGAAUACAGCUGCGAGUAUGGCUCUGCGAAGUAUCUGGCCAUGUGCGGCUUGGGUGGCGUGGUGAGCUGCGGCCUGACCCACACGGCUGUGGUGCCGCUGGACCUGGUGAAGUGCCGUAUGCAGGCAGAGCCCAGUCGCUACCGGGGCAUGCUGCAGGGCUUUGCUCUCACCGUGGAAGAGGAGGGGAUGCGUGGCCUGGCCAAAGGAUGGGCCCCCACCUGUGUGGGCUACUCCCUACAGGGCCUCUGCAAGUUUGGCUUAUAUGAAGUCUUCAAGCUGCGCUAUGCUGACAUGUUGGGACCUGAGCGAGCCUACUUGUGGCGGACCAGCCUCUAUCUGGCCGCCUCAGCCAGUGCCGAGUUCUUUGCUGACAUUGCUCUGUCCCCCAUGGAGGCAGUCAAAGUGCGAAUCCAGACGCAGCCAGGCUAUGCCAACACAUUACGGGUGGCUGUCCCCAAGAUGUACCUUGAGGAGGGGCUGUGGGCCUUCUACAAGGGGGUGGCUCCACUCUGGAUGCGCCAGAUCCCCUACACCAUGAUGAAGUUUGCCUGUUUUGAGCGUACCUUGGAGGCCCUGUAUGCCUAUGUGGUGCCCAAGCCGCGCAGUGAAUGCUCCAAGCCUGAGCAGCUUGGCGUCACCUUUGUUGCUGGCUAUAUAGCUGGUAUCUUCUGUGCUGUAGUCUCCCACCCAGCUGACUCUGUGGUGUCUGUGCUCAACAAGGAAAAGGGCAGCACCUCUAUGGAAGUCCUCAAGAAGCUGGGCUUCAUAGGCGUGUGGAAGGGCCUCUUUCCCCGCAUCCUCAUGAUUGGCACCCUCACAGCCCUGCAGUGGUUCAUUUAUGACUCAGUCAAGGUCUAUUUCAGGCUCCCUCGGCCCCCACCACCAGAGAUGCCUGCAUCGCUGAAAGAGGGUUUUUUCUUUAAGUAGAUUCAGCCCAUAGAUCCUGCAUUGUGAGCUACAUUCCUGCUGCAUUGUACUGUUUCAUUUUCGACUCUGUGGAUCUGUUUCAGGGUCCUGGACCAACUCCCAUCUCAAAAAGCUACCUCUCCAGAGAGAGACCGAUGGGAGUGGUUAGCCUUUUCCCACAGACCUUGCAGUUACACUGUCAUUUCACUACAUAGUUCAUUCUGUCAAAUUUAGGUUCCAACCAUCAUCUUAGAUGCCCCCAUCUCUGGACUUUGUGUCUUGACAUGAAAUUACAUUUGACAGCUCUGUUAAAGGUCUAUUUCUGCAAAGGCUUAAAUCUAUCAGUAUGUGGCUCUUAAUGCCUAUGUUUAUUUUGUUUGCCGUGGAUAGUAACUCUGAAAACUUUGAAACACAACAGUCAUAUUCCCCUAUUAUAGAGAAAAUUGACAUGUAUUUUAAAUGGGUGCUUAUUUUACACUCAUAUACAAUAUUUAGUGGAACCAAAACAUUUAAAAAUUGCUAUGAAUAAUAUGUUAAUAUGUUCAGAAUAUAAUAAUUUACAGUAACCCCAGACUAAAGUGUUCAUC